GCAUUGAAUUGAAGUGUUCAAUGAAGUGUUCAAUGACGAUAUAAGGACACGGGUACCAUACAUUUCAAGAUAAAUAAAAAUGACAAACACCGAUACCAAUUAUCUCGACAGUCUAUGCUAAAAUUCGAAAUUGUUUAAUCAUUCAAUUUGAAUGAUAGUUUAGUCAAAUCAAGCAAAUAAUUCACGAUUGUGUAUGAACAAAAAUAAAAACAUAUGUAUUGUAUUAUGAAAAAAUUAUUUAUUUUAACAAUCUAAAAAAAACAAUCAAAACUUCCAUACGACCCCUUAUCUAGUCUAGACUACUUAUAAUACAUUUUAAAGAGUGUGAUUUGCUCCAUUUCAAAUUUCUUGCAACGAGAGUGAAAGUAGGAAGGGUAUUUUCGUCUACACAAUCAUUUUUUUAAGUGUUCAAUGACGAUAUAAGGACACGGGUACCAUACAUUUCAAGAUAAAUAAAAAUGACAAACACCGAUACCAAUUAUCUCGACAGUCUAUGCUAAAAUUUGAAAUUGUUUAAUCAUUCAAUUUGAAUGAUAGUUUAGUCAAAUCAAGCAAAUAAUUCACGAUUGUGUAUGAACAAAAAUAAAAACAUAUGUAUUGUAUUAUAACAAAUUUAUUUAUUUUAACAAUUAAAAAAAACAAUCAAAACUUCCAUACGACCUCUUAUCUAGUCUAGUCUAGUCUAGACUAGACUACUUAUAAUACAUUUUAAAGAGUUUGAUUUGCUCCAUUUCAAAUUUCUUGCAACGAGAGUGAAAGUAGGAAGGGUAUUUAUGUCUACACAAUUAUUAUUUUUAUUUCAUAUAAAAAGAUAUCAAUGCUAGGAUUUGAACCAUGGUCUCUUUCACCAAAAACAAGAAUUGUAACCAAUUAGACUAGACACAUUUUUCGUACUUUAUUAAUACAAAACAUUAAAAUUAUGAAAAACAAAGUACUUUUCUAUCACAGUUAGUUAGCCCGCUAAGUCUCCUGUAAGUAUUUUGUGGAGUUUGAUACUUCUAUUUUCAUAUUUUAAUAAUUAAUUUAUAAUUUUUUCUAAAUUAUAAAUGAACGAUAAUCUUAAAAUCUCAACACAAAUAUCAUUGGUUGGAAUAUUGCGCAUUGAAUUGAAGUGUUCAAUGACGAUAUAAGGACACUGGUACCAUACAUUUCAAGAUAAAUAAAAAUGAUAAACACCGAUACAAAUUAUCUCGACAGUCUAUGCUAAAAUUCAAAAUUGUUUAAUCAUUCAAUUUGAAUGAUAGUUUAGUCAAAUCAAGCAAAUAAUUCACGAUUGUGUAUGAAAAAAAAUAAAAACAUAUGUAUUGUAUCAAGAAAAAAUUUAUUUAUUUUAACCAUCUAAAAAACAAUCAAAACUUUCAUACGACCCCUUAUUUUAAAAAUGUAAUUAAUUAAAUAAUUUUUAUCAGCAUGAUGCAAUGUUCAAGCUAAGGUCCAAGUAUUAACACCAGUAUAUAGUAUUCAUCAUAGUUAAUUAUUUCAAUAUCCACAGCUAACUAUUAAUGAUUACUUUUACUUGCUUUCUCUUAGAGAGUUUAAUGUAACACUCUCAUGUCUAGCUAUGCUCUAAGCAUUUGUUUUCUUUUUCACAAUAUCAUUUGCAGUUAUUUAUUAAAUCAACUUUGUUUCUAACUUUCAAAUCCUAAUUAUUCACUUCUUCACACCAACUUAUGAGAAUGCUAAAUAUAUUGUUCAUGUCUAAUCUAUUAAACAUAAAUGUUACUUAUCACUUAAAUUCAAUGGUAUCCAUGUUAGGUUUGAUGUCACCAACAUAUUCUCCCAAUUUCUCCUGAAAGCAUGAUAUAUUGCGUUUGAUAUCAUAGUUUCGUUAGGUAAAGUUCAACAAACUCAAUCAAUAUUCGAACUCUUCGAAAUAGCUAUCUACAUGUGAAUAUGAAGUACUGAGUAGCUAAAAUUCUACUUGAGUUAGUACAAUCUUUUGCGCUAUCGAUUCAAAAUUCAAUACAUGAUUAUCUUAGUACAAUUUAGUCAUACUAAUUGUGCAGUAGGGGACAUCUUAUCAAAAUCUUAAAGAAAGACUCUUUGAUUGAUCAUUUUAUUAAUGUAAUCAAUUAUAUCCAAAUAGAAGUGAUCAAAUUUAUAAGAUGCACUCAAAGUUUGCUAUAAUUAUUGAGGUUCAGCAGCACGUUAGGCGUACGACGGUCAUUGGGCAUUUGUCUAUCUCUUAGCUCGCCUAGACAUGCUUAGACAUUAUAAUAAAAAUAGCAAUUUUAACAAUAAUGAAUAAAAUAACGGUUCUGAAGCAAUUUCACACUUUAGUUCAAAUGAUUUAACAACAAACGAAAUAACUCUCAAGUUUAUAAAUUAUUUUCUUUUACCAAAUGAUAUAAUUAAUUCAUUCAUGAGUUGAAAUAGCUAAUUAUAAGCACUUCAAAUUUAAGUUAAAACUCUAUAUGAUGCAAUUGUUUGACGAAAUGGAUUUUAUAAUAGAGUGGUUCUAUCGAGAGAGGUCUCUAAGAAACAUGGUUUACUUUAUUAUUCCUUAGAUGGAUAUAAUAUCUAUCUUCAUCGUUACUUUUACAUUGGAUUCAAUUUAGUAUACUUUUUCAUUUAAAUAGAUUUGUUUAUGAUGUUCUGGGAUAUAAUAUAUCAUUAUAUAUGAUGGUAUAGGAUAUUAAUUCCUCUAAUUUUAGGUUCAAAUUGAUGCAUUUUCCCCUUAACCGUUCCCUUUUAUUGGUUAAUAAUUUUUAUGAUAUUUUUCACUUUGAAAUAUCGUGAGCGGAAUCUAUACACGGCAAUUUGUGUUUUUUUCGCUUCUUCUUCUCUUGGUUAGAUAUUGUGUCCAUAUUGAUUUCUAUAUUGAUUAUCGAAUUACUAGUUUUUUGUUCUUUUUUCUGAUGCAAGAUAUGAUUUUAUGUUUGAUAAUAUAGAUUUAUUUUGCAAGCAUGUGGAUGCUUGAGAGUAGGUUGUCAACCCGCGGGUCGACCCCUGGGUCGGCUCACUUUGACCCUGACCCGGUGAGAAAAACGGGUUGCACGCACCCGCCGAGUCGACCGCUACAAGGUAUCAGGUUAGAGGUCAAAUUGUGUCAUUUUUUUCUUUGGUUUGCGAAAUGCGCCUAUUUUCCAAUUCUCUUUUCGCCUAACUCAAUCUUUGUAAUCCUAAGUUGAACAUUUGAAUAUUGUUGUUAUAUAAUUGUGUGUGAAUUUUCACUAUACGUUGGAUCUAAGUACGACAUGUUAUUUUAGUGUAAUAUUAUAUGUUAUAACUCAUAUGUUAGAUGAGAUUUGAUAUAAUUUAUCAGGAUAAGUAUAAUAUAAGGACUCUUUCCAUAUUUUCGGGCUAAACCGGGUGACCCAUUAACCCUUGACUCACUAGAUUCACCGGGUCCGGGUCAACUCGCAGGUUGACAACCUUGCUUGAGACUUUUCAUUUGCCUCAUAACUUACAUUUUACAAUGGCUCCAAACUUGGAUGGGUUUCUAUUCAGCACAUAAAUUUUUAAUGAUGUAAAAUUUAUGAAACUAAGAUGCAUAUUAAUAAACAAUGAAAGGUCUCAUCUUCCCUCUUAAGCACUACAUAUCAUUGUUUACUUACCAUUAAAUCAAAGUCUUUCUAACUCGAGUAAGAGCUACAAUGACUUUUAUUAACUUUCACUACUCAUAUAUCACAAGUGUUCAAAUCAUUAUCAAGUGUUCAUACAAUGACUUUUAUUGUUGUGGAUUUCCCCCAAAAUGUUAUGUAUGCUGCUUUUAGUUUUUGCCUUCUUUUCGCUUUGAUUUAGCUUUUUAUGUGUUGCACUAUUAGUUGAACUUGCAGCUGGAGAUCUGCAUGCUUUGUUUCAUUAUAUAAUUGAAUACACUAAAGUCAAUAGAAUCAUGACCGUGUGAGUUAGUUUGUUUCUUUUUAAGUACACUCUAAACAUAUGGUUUGUUUCAUUAUAUCAUUGAAUACACGAAAGUCAAUGGAAAAGACAAAAAAAAAUUUAUCGUAUAUUGAAGAUUGAUUAUGUAUGUGUGAUGUAAAACAACUCUUAUCAUUGUUCUUCUUAGACAUUUUUAUAUAGAUAUGACUUUGUUUGAAAUAUGAAUUUACGUUAGUGUAGUUGGGCGUUUGUCAUUUUUUUUAAACUUCGUCAAAUACAUUAAAUACUUUCCUAUAUUAUUCAUAGAGAACUUACCAAAUUAAAUUGUUACUUCAAUCCUCAAUGUUUACUACACAUAGGAAAAUCAAAGUCUCCCGGCCUCUUGGCCGGACCCUAAUCUAGUAGAAUAGAAGGAAGGAAGAGCAUAGAACAUCUCGAGCCUCUCGUCAGCGAUAAGAGAACAAUCUAAAGCUGGGGCUUCGAUUUUCUCCUCGCAGAUUUCUAAGCUCACCAUUAGCUUUUUAGCUUCGUUACUGCCGUCCACAUCUUCCCGUUGUCUUCUUCCCCUUCCCUUUCGUCCUUCUAUUAGUAUCAUCGGCAUUCAUCAUCACUCUGCCCCCACUUGCUCGCUCACUCAGUUCGCUGUAACUCUACCACCGCCCCUUUCAAAAUCCUCCAUCAAUGGCGUCCGCCACCGCCCCGACCUCACUCUCCCUCCUCAAAAUAACAGUAUCAUCUUCCUCCGCUUCCCGCUCACGCGCCGCCGUUCUCCCCUUCUCCUACUCUGGCCUCCGCUCAUCCUCUUCUUCCGGCCUCCGCAGCCUCGCAUUCUCCACCGCUGAUUCUCUGACCAUCCGAUCCCUCUCCUCUUCUUCCUCCUCUCGCGCCAAGUCCCACAGGGGAUUGGUAGUGUCCGCCGUCAAGAAGAGUGUUGGGGAUUUGAGCGCUGCUGAUUUGAAGGGGAAGAAGGUUUUCGUGAGAGCUGAUUUGAAUGUCCCGCUAGAUGACAACCAGAACAUCACCGACGAUACCAGAAUCAGAGCUGCAAUCCCUACCAUCAAGCAUUUGAUGCAGAAUGGAGCUAAAGUCAUCCUCUCCAGCCACUUGGGUAGACCGAAGGGUGUUACCCUAAAGUUCAGUUUGGCGCCUCUGGUUCCCAGAUUAUCUGAACUCCUUGGUAUCGAGGUUGUGAAGGCUGAAGAUUGCAUUGGCCCAGAGGUGGAGAAAGCAGUUGCUGCUCUCCCUGAGGGUGGAGUUCUUCUCCUUGAGAAUGUGAGGUUUUACAAGGAGGAAGAAAAGAAUGAACCUGAAUUCGCCAAGAAGCUUGCCUCCAUUGCUGAUCUGUUUGUGAACGAUGCUUUUGGUACUGCACACAGAGCUCAUGCUUCGACUGAGGGUGUCACCAAAUUCUUGAAGCCUUCAGUUGCUGGCUUCCUCUUGCAAAAGGAGCUGGAUUAUCUUGUAGGCGCUAUUUCGAGUCCAAAGAGGCCGUUCGCUGCCAUAGUCGGUGGUUCAAAGGUCUCGUCCAAGAUUGGAGUCAUUGAGUCCCUAUUGGAGAAGUGUGACAUCCUUCUCUUGGGUGGAGGAAUGAUCUUCACCUUCUACAAGGCUCAAGGUCUGUCGGUGGGGUCAUCGUUGGUCGAGGAAGAUAAGCUUGACCUUGCAACCUCUCUCAUGGCCAAGGCCAAGGAAAAGGGGGUUUCACUAUUGCUACCUACUGAUGUUGUCAUUGCUGACAAAUUUGCUCCUGAUGCUAACAGCCAGAUUGUGCCGGCAUCAGCCAUUCCGGAUGGCUGGAUGGGGCUUGACAUUGGUCCAGAUUCUAUCAAGACGUCAACGAAGCCUUGGAGACUACCCAAACUGUGAUUUGGAAUGGGCCAAUGGGAGUUUUUGAGUUUGAGAAGUUUGCCGCCGGAACUGAGGUAUUUAAUAGCUGUAUGAGUGCAUGCUUUAAUUGAAUGCUUUUCAUCUUCUCGGAGUCAGUGGGGCAUAAGGGGGCCAAAGUUUUGUUUGGAUGACAGAAUUUGACCAUGGAAUAUUGCCUACUUACCCUAGAUGGCCAUUUUAGGACCUAUGGACUGUGCUGAUCAUGGGAUGUUGCAAUGUAAAUUCCAAUGCAAUCAAAAGCGUGAUUCUACCUAGAACUAGAAGCGGAAAAUGAGUAAACUCGUAAAGCGUAGAAUUAAAGCGUAAAAGCGUAAGUUUUUGACGCAUACUGAAAAAUAACUAAAAAUGUGUUAAGUAGGAUAUAUGCUAUGCAAAAUAUGAAUGCACGAAAUUUUGAUAAGUCAAUAAAUACAUGCGAUUCAUGCCUAAAGUAGAACAACUUAUAGCAUCUUAAUAAUAAGUUUGUAAACAUAAAUUUUAACAAUAAGCCACUUUUCCCACUAUGCUAAUGAAUUUGGGAAAAGCCUAACGGGUGAAUUAUAUUACUCUAUCGAAGUUGAGAAUGCAUACAAGUACCUUAUAUGUAUCUUUUAAUCUCAAAUGUAUCAUAUUGUUGGUGAUUUACUUUUAAAAUAUACUUUUUAUAAUUAA